AUGGAGUAUAUCAACCAUGAAGACGAUUUCAUCGACGCGCUCAAUAUACCUGGUCGCUCACGCGACGAUAUGCCAAUUUUGGACCCCAACGUGUCUCAGGACAGACUCGAAACGGUGUACAGCCAAAUCGCAGACGUUAUGCUCCAAGUCUCUAGACACAAAUUCGCGCAGAUCGGCUGUAUUGGCAAGGCCAAUGAAGAUGAUGAGUUUGACGAUACUUGGAUAGUCAAGCAUCGUCCUCAAACGUUCAAUAUAAACGAGCUUGUCCAACUUGGUGGCGUCGAUCCUGAACAGCUUCCACAGCAUGUGUUCGACACGGCUGCAUCCUACUACCAGGCAUUGGCGGAUAUGCACAUGAUCCACCUUACCUCGCAGCGACAUCAUGCGAUUGACUCGGCCGGGGAUUGCAGACAGAAGUACAUCGCGAGAUGCCUAUUCCGCAAGAUCACCCGAGAACACAAGCUCUGCGACGACGACUCCGGCCCCUUCACUUUGUUCUGCGACGACCUUCGGCCGGGGAAUGUUCUUGCGAAUGACAAACACGAGAUGACGGGUGUGGUUGACUGGGAGUACACUUACGCAGCGCCUACCGGAUUCGCUCAUAGUCCUCCCUUUUGGUUACUUCUCGAGCUUCCAAAGUUCUGGGAAGGUGGUUUGAAUGACUGGACCGAGCAUUACGAGAAGGUUCUACCAACCUUUCUGAAUGUGAUGAAAGCCAAAGAGGACGCGGCCAUUGAGCGAGGCGCUCUGAAGGAAUGCGAUCGCCUGUCGCAUCAUAUGUUGAAGAGCUGGCAAAGCGGAGACUUCUGGCUCAACUAUGCUGCGCAGAAGAGCUGGGCGUUCGAUAUGAUCUACUGGGCAAAGAUUGACAGGCGUUACUUUGGCGAUGGAAACCUUGACGAUCGAAUGUCGCUUCUGACUGCAGAUGAGAGAAAAGCAAUGGAUGAAUUAGUGGCAAGGAAACUGAGGGAGCUCAACUCUUGUUGA